AUGGUAGAAAAACUUGAAAACACCAGUAAAAAACUGGAUCCAGAAAUCGACAUCAACAAUGCAAAGUUAAUAACAGACAAGCAUCACCCCGAAGUGGAAAAAGGACAGGCAUACAAAGACAAAGAAACUCUAAAGAAUGUCCUGAGCUACUACGCAAUCAAAAACAACUUUCAGUACAAAGUGUGGAAGUCCUACUCUCAAGAGUACAGUCUGAAAUGUGUUUACGAAAGCUGCAAUUGGUCACUACGAGCAUCGAGAAAUGGCCCAACAAACACAUUCAUAAUCAGGAGCCUGAACAAAUGCCCUUUUUCCACACUUUGUACUGAAAUACACCUGUUUGAUCUCUGCAACAGGUUCUCAAAUAUCCACACAUGCCCCAUAAAUAUUAGGCAUGAAGACCAAAGGCAAGCAACAUCGAAACUGAUAGGGGAAUGCAUAAAACCGAAGUUCUUGAACAUAAAGACAAAGGCAACACCGAUGGACAUAAAAGGGGAGUUGAAAUACAGAUAUGGCAUCAAAAUGAACUAUAUGAAAGCUUGGAGAAGUAAGGAACAUGCAAUAAACGACUUGAGAGGUAAUGCUAGUGACUCGUACAGCCUAAUACCGAGUUUCUUACACAUGGUGGAAAAAACAAACCCGGGAUCAUUUGUCGAUCUGAAAAAAAUAGAAGACAACAGCUUGCUCUUUGUUUUCAUGGCGUUGGAUGCAUCCAUAAAAGCGUGGGGAGCAUGCAAACCGAUAGUUGUUGUGGACGGAACGUUCCUCAAAGUAGCUUAUGGGGGAACUUUGUUGUGCGCAUGCACACAAGAUGCAGCAGGUCAUAUUUUUCCACUAGCGUUUUGUGUUGCAGAUUCUGAGAAUGACCAAUCUUGGAAAUGGUUCUUCAAAAAAUUUAAAGAAGUGUAUGGGGUCCGGGAACACCAAUGCCUAAUUUCAGACAGGAAUGAAAGCCUCAUCAAACCAGCAAGAGAAAUCUAUCCAGAAAUUACACACAGUUACUGCGGUUACCACAUUUUGAGCAACCUUAAAACAAGCUUCAAACAACAUGCUGCCAAAUACAAUCUGCCAUUCUUUGGAGCAGUCAAAGCCUACACAGAAAAGCAAUUCGAGUUCCACAUGGCUGAAUUUGAUGGAUUGGACAAACGCAUAAGACCUUACCUAAAAAAAGUCGGUUAUAAAAAGUGGUCAAGAAUUCAUAGCCAAAACAAGAGGUAUUCUACAAUGACCUCAAACAUAUCAGAAUCACUGAACGCUAUAAAUUUGGCAGCAAGGGAGCUACCAAUUACAACGCUGCUAGAAUGCUUGAGAGCAUUGGUGCAACAAUGGACGCAUACUAAUAGGACAAAAGCACACAACACCUUCACUAAGCUAUCACCAACUGGAGAAGACAUACUAUUGAAAAAUUACACAUACUCAUUAAAUCUGGAGGUUAAAGCAACAACAGAUUACUUGUUUGAGGUAACAAGAAUGAAAGAAUCGUGGAAAGUAAACCUAGAAAAAAGAACAUGCACGUGCAACAGGUUCCAAAUAGAUGAAAUGCCAUGCGGGCACUCUGUGGCCGUGAUGAGGGAGAUGAACAUGGACCCGUACACCUACUGUUCAGAUUACUACACAAAAAAAAAUUGGCUGGCAACUUAUUCAGGGACAGUUUACCCAAUAGGACACCAAAGUGAGUGGGAGGUACCGGAAGAAGUGAAGAAUAUUAUAGUCUUGCCUCCGCAUGAAAGAGUAAAAUCAGGAAGACUAAAAACAUUAAGAAGGAAGGCUGGAUGGGAAAAGGAUCAACACAACAAGUGCAGCAAAUGUGGUGAACUGGGGCAUAACAAAAGAACAUGCAGCAGAAGACGUAGAAGGGAAUAA